GGUAUUCGAAAGCGCCGAACGAUACGGGAAGAGGGAUCAUCGAGGGAACACACGAGAGGUGUCCACGUUCUCGAGGGAAAAUGCAAGAGCGACGAGCGACUGCGCAUUCCCGAGUCUGGUUGUCGCGAGAACUCCUGUGGAAGACGGGGCUAGCAGAAUUUCACGGAGCCAACAGUGCGCGGACCGCCAGCACGCGACGCGGUUGCUCCGACGCGACGCCACCCGACGCUCUCCACGGCGAUUGCCAUCACGGACGCGUCGCAAUCCUGAAAAUACAACCGACACGACGCGGCAACCAGCGAAUCUCCUCCACGAAACCCCUGAUCGAAAAGAUCCGGAGGACUCCAGCGAAAUUCGACGAGAUUCCUCGACGUUCCUGCGAAAACCUGCGAGACAGUUUUGCAACUGGUUGUUGCGGAGGGGUUUCAAUCGGUUCGACGAGCAAUGGAUCGUCGAUGAAAGAUGCGGACAGCGAGCGGUAUUCCAGCGGGAAAAGGCGAAUGAUGGGAUCGCGCGGUGCCCGCGGUCGAUCCUCGAUCCUCGAAACUUUCGGAUGCGAUCGUGAGGUAACGCUCGUGCGGGGUGCGACGUCGAAGGACGCGUGAAGACCGCGCGGACAGCGGUCGGAUCCACGCGGCUGGACGUGAAGAGGCGACGCGGCCGCCCAAAGACAAUCAUUCGGGGGUCCGUGUAAUGGACGUUCGCUCGGAAAAAGUACAAAUAGUUUUUAGAGCGAUGCGGGGAGCGGGAUUCUGACGACACAUGUCGAUACGAGUAUCGGUUACGGGAGCGCAGCCCCGGCGAAAAAAGUCGACGGGACGAGAGCAAACAACGUAGGUGUCCGAGAGGACCCUGUGCGUCGGGUAUCGCUCCCAGGAAUGAUCCUUUGAGAAGUGACGCGUCUGCCGGGGAAUCGAGGCAACAGAAAUAAAUUGGUUCGAGCGGCCGAGGAAUCGCUGGGGAGACGUUAUCCAAGAAGCUGCCCUGGACGACCGUCGACUUCGAUUACGGCUUCCCGCUGCACUCAAGAAAAAUGCGGCGUCCGAGGCGAUGUUGCUCCGCUUUACGAUGAGGAGAAGCCGGGAUGACGCCUUGAGUCGUCGGAACAACGACGGCGACUGAUUAUGACGCGCGUCCGCACGCGCCGCGAUCUCUCUCGUCUCCUCCUGCCAUUCUCAUCCUUCGAGACCCUUCAUCUUCCUCGCAACCUGAUCCUCCUUCUCCUCGGCCUGGUCUCCGUUCGCAGCGUCCUGGCCUGCGGUGAAAGCGCGGGGCCACAGAGUCAUGACUUCCCAGCGUUUCCGCGUCCCGAUGACGUCGCUGAAAGGAACCACCGGCAAAGGGGCCCGGCUGAUUAUCGCGAGUGGCCGCAACGCGGUCUGAGUCAAAACCGAGUUCCCGGCUCGUCGGACCGACCGGGGAGCCUCCGAGUUCACGACGGCGAUCGACCCUCGCAAAGGGGAACCAAAGAACGCGAGGAACCAGUCGCGAGGAGACGCGAGAACUCGAACGAGCCUCGCGUGGACUCGCUCGAGGGCUCGCCGUUCGACGCGAGCAGUCGUCGCGACACCCGCAAACGACACGAGAGACGGAAAUUUCGCCGGGAGGAGGACGGGAGAACCGACGGCGCGAUAUCGUCGACCGUCGCGAGCGCGAGCUCCUUUGCCAAGAAACACACCGGGCACAGAGCGAAGAGGAACUUCGGCAGAGACGCCGAAUCGGAAGCCGCCGCGAAUUCCCUCGGGCUGAAUGGAUCGCUUUCCGAUUGCGCCGGCUGCGCCGCGGAAUUCUUCGGCGACCCCGGCUCCGUCGGACGGAACAGAUCCGAUACCGUGACGGAUAAUCCUAAGCCGGCCGGGAACAACGAGACCGGGAGCGCAGUUAAUUCGACGGAAAUAGAUGGCGACCCGUCGCCGCCUUCCGACGGAAGCGAGGAGGAGCCGUUCACCGGCUUCGAGGGCUCUCAGAAGUUCCCCAUAAAAGUCACGUACAAGCCUCCGGUGGUUCCUCAAGUGGAAAAGUUCGACAGGAGACACUUCGGCCCGCCGAAGGUGGACCCGGUCCCGGAGACCACUGCGUUCGCGUUCCCGUCGACGCUGUCGCCGGACUUGCCCAAGAGCCCCGGCAGGGACGUCCUGAACCGGCACCGCAAAGUCGACGAGAUCACGGAGGAGGAGCGGAGGCAGGAAACCGUCGAGGCGAGCGAGAACAUGAACGACACCGAUGACUUCUGGCUGCCGGGCGCGUCGUCCGGUCGACGAUCCUCGAACAUCGCCGGCGGCAAGCCUUCGCCGGAGGAGAAACGGGUCACGACGGUCACGGAGCACCCGACGUCGACGUCGACGACGGCGGCGACUACCGUCAGGGAGGAUUCCCAGAGCGAGAAGAUAAACAUAACGAUCCUAGGCCUGUUCGAGAUGACGCGCGGACUGGAGCCUAGACCCGAAGGGCCCAGCGAGCUGCAGGCGGCCAUUUUGGCCGUCGAGCACGUGAACAAGAUGAACAUCCUCUCCAAGUUCAGGCUGCGCCUGAUUUACAACGAUACCAAGUGCGAUCCCGGCGUGGCGGUUGAUAGAUUCUUCCACGCUCUCUACUCGGCGAAGAAGAAUGAUCUGAUACCGCUGUUGCUGGGCACCGCCUGCUCCGAGGUUACGGAGACCUUGGCGAAAAUCGUGCCCUACUGGAACGUGACCCAAGUCUCGUUCGGAUCCACCGCACCUGCUCUCUCGGAUACCACCGAGUUCCCGCUGUUCUUGCGGACCGUUGCGCCCGACUCGAGUCACAAUUCGGCGAGGAUCGCUCUCAUCAAGCAUUUCGGCUGGGACACGGUCACGACCCUGUCGCAAACAGGCGACAUGUACUCGCUGGCUGUGAACGAUCUAGUCACGGAACUGGAGCAGGCGAAUAUCACGUGCACGGCGACCAUCACGUUCGCGGAGAACGAUUACAAAGAACAGCUGCGGACUUUAAAAGAGUUGGACACGAGAAUCAUCAUCGGGAGUUUCUCACCGCGACUGGCGCCGCGAGUUUUCUGCGAGGCAUGGAAGCUAGGCAUGCACGGAGGCGACUAUGCAUGGAUCCUGCCAGGUGACACGAUCGACCUGUCGGGGCUCGCGAGCAAUUGGUGGCACUCGGGGCCAGAGGAAUGCACGCCCUCGCAGCUAUGGCAAACCCUAGCCGGAUUGAUCAUCGUCAAGAGCCACGCUGCCGUCAUGGGGAACGAGAUUAGCUUGUCGGGCCUGACGAGCAGCAGCUUCACCUCGGAACUGGCCAGAAUCGGUGUGACGCAUUCGAAAUACGCCGCGCAAACGUACGACGCUGUCUGGACCAUGGCGCUCGGCCUCGAGAGGACGGAGAUCGUGCUGAACAAAGAGAACUCGUCGCUGGCGCAGUACACGCACAAGAGAAAGGACAUCGCGAAGAAACUUCUGGAGCAGAUGAAGCUUCUUCGUUUCGUCGGAGUCUCGGGUCCCGUCUCGUUCGAUGGAGCGGAUCGCGUCGGUAUCACGGCGUUCUAUCAGAUGCACGACCACAUGACCAGGCGGAUAGCUACUUUUAACCCCGAGGAUGAAAAACUGAUAAUGAAUUGUCCAGAAUGUGCAACGACGAAAUGGCCCGGCGGACAACCUCCUACGGCGCGAAGGGUUUUCCGGUUACGGGUGGUGACCGUGGCACCUGCAGCUUUCCUCGCGGUUACUUGCAUCGCGAGCGUCGGUGUCACUCUGGCGCUGGCAUUCCUGGCGUUCAAUCUGCACUUCCGCAGGCACAAGAGUAUCAAACUUUCGAGCCCCAGGCUGAAUAACAUGGCGGCCGUCGGAUGCGGCCUCGUCUAUGCCGCGGUGAUCCUUCUCGGCCUGGAUCACGCCACGCUGCCGGACAGCGACGAUUAUUAUCCGGCGGUCUGCACAGCGCGAGUAUACCUAUUGUCCGCCGGCUUCUCUUUGGCUUUCGGAUCGAUGUUCACCAAGACGUACCGCGUGCAUCGGAUUUUCACGAAGAGCAGAAGCGGCGUCGUCAAGAACAAGCUGCUGCAAGACACCCGGCUUAUUAGCUUGAUCUGCGUCCUCCUGCUGAUAGACGGCCUCGUGGUGACCCUGUGGGUCACCUUCGACCCCAUGCAGCGUCAUCUGCGGAACCUGACCUUGGAGUUUAACCCGCAGGACCGCGGCGUCGUGUAUCAACCUCAGGUGGAGGUGUGUCAUUCGCAACACACGAACAGCUGGCUGGGCGCGCUUUACGUUUACAAAGGUCUGCUGCUCAUAGUCGGUGUUUAUAUGGCUUGGGAAACAAGGUAAAAAUACCAGACAACUGUUUUUUAACGAACUCGCGGCCGUUUGAUAAUUUAGCUUACGCUCCGGGGCCGAAAAUUCGUUCCAACAACCGUCCUCGGAGCGUUCGGGUACGCAGAAGUUCGACCCGGGGAGGCGGGGUCGGGACGGGAAUUGGAGUUUAAUGAGGG